AGUAUAAAAAGGGAUAUGUCGACUCGAAAUUCCAUAUUUGUGUGACAUUUAUAGAAAAUGUCGAGGAUUUACGAUAGCUGGGAGAGGUUGGUCGGAGCUGUUUUGAAGAGAGAGGAAGACCGCCAACUUGCCCUUUGUGAAAGCUUCAGCAGCUCAACCACUUCUCGUUCCAGUUUCAGUUUCAGUUUCAGCUUUAGUCCUUUCAUCCGAGAUUUCAGAAAUGAUUGUAGAAAUUCUGGCGAGAGGCUCGAUCCGGUAGAUCUUUCUAGUCAGGAAACAUUAUUCUUCCGUAACGUGAUGGCCAUAGAGUAUGAAGAGUUAAAAAAAGCUACCAGAAACUUUCACCCAUGCGAGUUGUUGGGGGAAGGGGCAUUUCGUCGUGUUUAUAAAGGAUGGAUCCAUGAAAAUUAUCUUACCGCAACGAAGCCUGGAUAUGGGAUUGCUGUUGCUAUCCAGAAGAUGGAUCUUGAAAGUUAUGAAGGGAAUAGGGAAUUGCUGGAUAAAAUACAUUACUUGAGUCAACUCCGUCACCCAAAUUUGAUCAAACUUAUUGGAUAUAGCUUCAAUGAUGACAACAGGAUUCUGGUGUAUGAGUUCAUGCGCAAAGGAAGCUUGGACAACCAUCUCUUCAGAAUUCUUGUGUCUUGGUAGCAGGGCAUAACUCCCUUAGUUGGGAAACAAGAGUCAAAGUGGCUAUAGGUGCUGCAAGAGCUAUUGCC